AUGGAAGAGAAAAAAGAAAAAAGAUGCUGGCAAGGGCUCCACAGGGUAACAUUCCUGACAGCUGUGCUGCUGCUGCUGAUGCAAGUGAAGGCAGUGAAGACUCUGAAGGGCAGUACAACCCUGGAUGAGAAAAUGUUCUCUGCAGACCAGGGCCAAGAGCAGUUUGAAGAACACUUUGUGGCCUCAUCAGUGGGUGAGUUGUGGCAGGUGAUAGAUAUGGUCCAGCAAGAAGACAUGAUAUCCCAGGCAACAACUAUCCGGGACCACCUCUUUGAUCUAGCCUUCUGCUUCAAUCUGGCCAGCAUCAUGUUUUUUUUAUGA